GUGCAGUUGUUUGCAUGCACCAACUUUUACCGACGACACUCCACGCGCUCUGCGGAGCAGUUCAAAAUGACAGUUAAGUUUUUAGAUAUUGUGAAGCCGUUUUGCGCCAUUUUGCCUGAAAUAUCGCGACCGGAACGAAAAAUCCAGUUCCGCGAAAGAGUGCUAUGGACUGGGAUCACACUGAUGAUAUUUCUCUUCUGCUGUCAAAUUCCGCUCUUCGGCAUAAUGUCAUCAGAAUCCGCCGAUCCUCUUUACUGGUUGCGUGUUAUAUCGGCUUCUAACAAGGGAACAUUGAUGGAACUGGGAAUUUCUCCUAUUAUCACUUCCGGCCUGAUCAUGCAACUGCUCGCCGGUAUCCAAGUUCUUUCUGUCGGUGAUGCCCCCAAGGAUAGAGCCCUAUUUAACGGUGCACAGAAGCUUUUCGGAAUGGUGAUAACGAUUGGGCAAGCUUCCGUUUACGUCAUGUCCGGUAUAUACGGUGCUCCAAGCGAGCUGGGUGCUGGCAUUUGCCUGUUAAUCAUAUUCCAGCUGACAUUUGCUGGUUUGCUGGUCUUGAUGUUGGAUGAGCUACUGCAAAAGGGAUACGGCCUGGGGUCGGGCAUUUCUUUAUUCAUCGCUACCAACAUUUGCGAAACAAUCGUCUGGAAAGCUAUAAGUCCAACGACCAUAAACACUGGACGAGGUACGGAGUUCGAAGGUGCCAUUAUUUCCUUGUUUCACCUCCUUGCGACGCGCAGCGACAAAGUUCGCGCAUUGCGUGAAGCGUUUUAUCGACAAAACCUUCCCAACUUAAUGAACAUACUAGCGACUGUGCUAGUUUUCGCAGUGGUCAUUUACUUCCAAAGUUUCCGUGUCGAUAUCGCCGUCAAAUCCAUCCGAUACCGUGGUCAAUCCACAUCUUAUCCGAUCAAGCUGUUCUACACUAGUAAUGCUCCUAUAAUGCUUCAGAGUGCUUUGGUUUCGAAUCUUUACGUGAUGUCACAGAUGCUUGCUAGUAAAUUCCGUGGGAACUUUAUUAUUAACCUCCUUGGUAUGUGGUCCGAUGGCGAAGGUGGUUCUCGCUCUGUGCCUGUCGGGGGUUUGUGCUAUUACAUGACGCCGCCAGAUUCACUUGGAGAUAUGCUUGUGGACCCACUGCACGGCAUUCUCUACAUCGCUUUCAUGCUCGGAAGUUGCGCUUUCUUCAGCAAAAUUUGGAUAGAUGUGUCGAAUUCAAGUGCCAAAGACGUCGUGAAGCAGUUAAAGGAACAGCAGACCUUUGUUCCCGGCCAUCGUGAAAACUCAAUGGUUCACGAAUUAAAUCGGUACAUCCCCACUGCAGCUGCUUUGGGUGGUUUGUGUAUUGGUGCACUAUCUGUACUCGCCGAUUUCCUGGGAGCCAUCGGAAGUGGUACUGGUAUACUAAUGGCCGUUACCACCAUCUAUCAAUACUACGAAGUGUUUGUGCGAGAGCAAAGCGAAAUGGGCGGAUCAAUGAGCUCAUUGUGGCUCUAAUUUGUGUUUGAAUAGUACGCGAUCAAAGUGUACUUUUGUAAUUCACUUCCCCAUAGUGAAUGUGCUUUCUGAUAUUUUCUUCGCUGGUUAAUUACUUCCACUGUACAACCUAUCGUCGUCAAACGGCUUUAUGCAUGGAGUUUCAGAUUGCCCUUCUCUAAUGAGGCAUCACUGGAGUUGCCCAUAUGCGUCGCUAUUGUUGCACUUUAUCAAUUCCUCUUCUUGACUGUUCUGUGUUCACCGUUUUGCGAUGCUUGUAUCCAUUCAACUGGAUUGUGAGGUGUACAUUUCUUGGAUUGAUUCAUGACUUGCUUUUAUUUAAUUUUUUCUAGUCCCAUAUGUUUGAUAAAUAUCCUGUUGCUUUGUUUUCCGCCUACAGAAAUCUGUCAUAUUUGUUCCUUCUUAUUGGUUCACAAAGAAAUAACCUUACGUAGCAGAAAUAAUCCGUUUCGGCCCGCUCUAAGUGCAUUUCAGCCUAAACAUACUACUGUCAGUCAGCGUUUAUUUCCGCUUCACACGCCCAUUUCGUCCUCAAUUGCUGGGAGCCUGUGCUCCGAAAAAGCACUGCCUGUAGUUUCAUUACAAGUCUUAAAGCCCUUAUAGACGCUAGAUGCAAAAGGUGCAAAAGCAACCCAAAGCCUUUUGAGGGCGAAAAUGCCCCCGACUUGGAUAUCAUUUCAAAUAUCUUCCUAAGUGGUAUCCAAGACUGCGAACAUAUCCGAUUGUUGAACUUUUUUUCCUACGCCUAAAAUUGGACCUGAGUAUGCGCCUUGUAACUGUUAUUUUUUUACUUUUAGUCAGUUCUGCCCCUCAGACCGUUGCCAAUCUUAUUUUACGUUCCCUUCAUUUGGACUGCUGAAUUCUGACCAAGGAUUACAUUGUAUUAAAUUUCAGUUCAUCCGUGAAUGGGUGACUUGGUUUCAUCUUUUUUGGGAAUUAUGGGUUGCCUAUAGUGUGCAUAUGUUUCAAAAUGACAACCUCGUUAAGAAUAUGCACCGUUCCGGAUGUCUUGCGAACGCCUAUCUGUUUCUGCGAGCGAAACUUUUACAGCGGUUGGGAAUACUGUUUGGUGGUAAUGACACGUAAGUGACGUGCCAAACACGGGACGGUAGAAAAGAUGGAGGCAACUCGACCCAAUGUAUAUCGUACAGGCUACAAGAAAUGAGCGAAUCAACAACAGAGAGGAGCCUACGGCGUGGAACUCACGAGAGCACUUUGCGAGACGGAUGUACAGUCAGUAAAACAAAUGAACCUUGAGAAGAUUCGGAUAGUAGUAAAAUACUGAAAGAGUAUUUUCAGAUGCGCUACACAACUUUUUCUCAGUGUAGCUCAAUAAUUGAAGUAAUUAUAAACACUUCGUUUAUCCACAUUGGACUAUACUGUUAUUUGCACCUGCAAUUUGCACAUAACGGGUUCUCACGCCGAUUCGCCUGCUGCGACCCUUUCUGAACAAUGAAUUUAUACGGGUU